GCCUCACUCAAACAGUAAACGAGGUAUGUGACGCAUUCCCAGACUCUCCAGCCAACUGAGCAUCAGCUCCUUCACGGCAACUGGGUCCUGAUUAAUGUCCUCCCAAGACAGACUUCAUUGGAUCCACACUCAAGAGGACUCUGCCAGGUUUUUCUGACCCCUCUACAUUGCUAUAAGGUGCCAAGGCCUUAAGACUUGGGUACGUGUAUUACAACAGCAAGAGUGCCAGCGCCAACAAAAGACCCAUUGGACCUGUCAGCUCCUCUGUUUCACCAACCAGACACAGUAACCUUACCAACAAAGAGUAAGCCAAGUGCCUCUGUAUGACACCACCAGCAGCUGAUAACGCAUACGAAAAAUAUAACUAAUUUAGACUAGAGCCCUAUCUCUUCUUGAGAAGCUGGGAUUUGAAGGAGCUAUCCUGAGAUCUGUACUGCUAGUAAGUGACUGAUAACAUUAGAAACUGGAUCGGUCCCUGAGUUCAGAGACUGAGUUGCAAUUGAGUGAAAAAUAGACAACGAAAUCUUGAAGAAUUGUACUGAGGUGCAAGCCAAGUUUAUUUGGCUCUCCAAAUAAUAUUGGUCGAACUAAGAAAUUGGUAAUCCAAACCUGUAAUAGGACUGGUGUUUGGGUGUCUCUCUUUGUCUUUGUUGCCUCUUGCUGUUACAUUGCUGUCUGUGUUGUCUUUCUAGGUCCAAAUGUUUUCAGAUAAUUCACAUUGCCCUGAUUGUGGACAACAGUGGUUCCCUAGUUUAGAACUAGGCCACUGGUUGUACCAAACUGAACUUGUUGAAAAUGAAUGUUACCAGGUAUUCUUAGACCGUAUUAACAGAGCUGAUUAUUGCCCUGAGUGUUAUCCCGAUAAUCCUGCUAAUAGAAGCCUUGUUCUUCCUUGGUCUUUCCCACUUGAGUGGGCUCCCCAGAAUCUCACCAGAUGGACCUUUGAGAAGGCUUGCCACCCAUUUCUUCUGGGUCCUCCACUGGUUAGAAAAAGAAUACAUGACUCUCGAGUAGCUGGUUUUAACCCUGCAUUACAGUUAAUCUUGACCAGAACAGAUAAAACCUUAAACAAAAAACUGGGUCAAAACAAAUAGCUUCUAUAAUAGUCAAAAUUGUCAACUCUAGAGGCUUUUGUGUAGGUAGCCCAAGGAAGAUGGAAAAAUAAUUAAUUUCUAAGUCUGACCCAGAUUGUCACUAGUUUGGGAACUGCUUAAAUUGUUGGAUCUGCUUCUGUGGCCUAUACAUAUUUUAUUCACUAUGAAUUUAGUUAGUAUUCUAGCCAGACUGUUCAUCUAGACUGAGAU